CCCAUGGAGCUUCACUGUCAGAUCGUGUACAACAGUUAUCAGAUUUAGCUAUGACGAGGCCAGUGAUUAAACUGAAUGGUGCAAAGUUUAAAGAAUACGUGAAAGCUACACCAAGGAAUUAUUCAGUGGUCGUGAUGUUCACUGCAAUGGCACCACAAAGACAGUGUCACGUGUGCAGGUAUGCAAAGGACGAGUUUGUGAUAGUAGCGAACUCGUUCAGAUAUCUACAAGCUCAUUCCAAGAAGUUAUUCUUCGCAUCUAUUGACUUCGACGAAGGAUCAGACGUAUUUCAAAUGAUGAAAUUGCAUACUGCGCCGGUGUACAUGCACUUCCCACCGAAAGGCAAACCGAAGCCUGCUGACACUAUGGACAUAGAGAGAGUCGGUUUUGGAGCUGAAGCAAUCGCCAAGUGGAUAGCUGAACGCACUGAAAUUCAGAUAAGAGUAUUUAGACCUCCGAACUAU